AUGGCCGUUUCAAUCCCCCAUUCGCUCAAAGAAAAACUCCUCCGUAACGAGGUGGCAUCAACUCUUAGCGUCAAACUAGUCAAGUCGGUAGAGCUUCCUAUGAUGGCUAAGACCGCAGGAUUUGACGGAAUUCUCAUCGAUAUGGAGCAUUCCUCAUUCGACCUCGAGACGACCUCCCAGUUAUGCAUUGCCGCGCUGUAUGCUGGCAUCUCGCCCAUCGUACGCGCUCCGAGCAAAGAUCCUUUCUUCGUCUCUAGAAUUUUGGAUGGUGGCGCACUUGGUGUCAUUGUGCCGCACAUUCGCAGUGUUCAGGAUGCACGCGACGUUGUUGCCGCUGCCAAGUUCCAGCCUAUCGGCACGCGAUCGUCAACCAACGGGCUUCCUCAUUACCAAUUCCGCACGAUUCCCGCCAAGGUCUCCAACCCGGUCACAAACGACGCAACUUUGGUCAUUCCAAUGAUUGAGACUCUUGAAGCACUAGAGUUGGUUGAUGAGAUCGCAGGGGUAGAGGGCGUAGACUCUCUGCUCAUUGGUACCAACGAUCUGACGGCUGAGAUGGGUAUUCCGGGUGACUACGAAAACCCUAGACUCACAGAAGCCUAUAAGCGAACAAUUGAGGCUUGCAACAAGCACGGAAAAUGGGUUGGAGUUGGAGGUCUUCACUCACGAAUGGAUUUGGUCGAGAAGUUCUGCCAAAUGGGAGCCCGCUGGGUAAUGGCUGCGACUGAUGGCCCAUUGCUCAUCGCCGGUGCCACGAAGAGAGCUGCUGAGAUGGCUAGUCUGAGCGUUAGGGCGACUUCAGCUACGAAUGGCAAGUCAUAA